AUGGGCUCAGCUCGCACGAAGCGCAAGAACCUGCAGAAGCGUCGCAAGCGGCGGCUGUUUGCGACGCUGGCAGCGGAGAUCCAGGCGAGUGAGGAGGCUCAGUGGACACCGGAACGACAGGAGCUCGAGCUCAUGCGCAACGAGGAGCAACGGCAACGCGUCCAGGAUCAGUGGGAGAAGGCGGUGGUGGAGUCUGGCGCAAAAUUCAAUAAAAAGAGGAAGAUCCUGGCCCAGAGACAGCACCUUGUCCUUGCUCUUCGACAGGUACUCCUAGCUACAGAUGGAUAG